AUGUAUAUGUUGAUGUUAAAGUGGAAUAUUAAACAAUGGCUUGAUGCCCAAAAUCCACGGCACGCUCUUGAUGACGAAGAUGUUCCCACGCCGCUUGUGCCCACUGUCUCAUUAUCAUACACCUCGACAGACUCCAUAGAUACCGUGGUGGUGGUUCCACAAUCCAUAAAGGUUGUGCUAGAUAACGUAUCAAAGUCUGCUGUGGGCUCAAUUAAAGUUGAGUACCCUCAGUUGACCACUGACGACAACCAGAACGAAGAAUAUGAUGAGGAUGAGCAGUUAUACUCAGCUGUCAGCAAAGAAGCCAACUUGAAGACAUACCAGAGUGCAGAUAUCGCCGUUUAUCGAUUGGAAGGACAGCGUGCUUUGGCAGUGGUGGUGCCUCAUUUCACCAAUCCGAUUGUCGAGAAGGUUGUGGCCCAUGAAUUGGGAAAAUUACCAGUGGACAGUGCCAACUGGAUUAUUUUGGCUCCAUGUGUGCUCAACAAUGGUGUGUCGCUCAGUAAGUUGGCUGCUGGUUCUCUAUUUGAUAAUGUUCCAAAAGUCCAGCCCCCACACUUCAUCACAGGCAUAGGAGCAGCUGUGGUGUCUGAAUUGGCAACCCUCAACAGACUUGAAAAGUGCAAUACGCUAAUUCUCAAUGCGGAGGGCCAUCCUGGUUACGAAAAGGUGGAUGCAGACUCGAUCAUGGAUGCAGCAGAGGUGGCUAGUGAGUAUUUUGUCAAGUCAAAGGCAGACUACAUUAAGAAGCUAAGUCAGAGUGUGCGUAAGAUCAAUUCGUCCGCCACUUCCGGGAUGUAUAUUUGA